AUGCACGGCGUAUGGGUGGAUGCUGAUGCUAGGUGCUCCUGCAACGGAGGCUGGGUCGGAGACUUCUGUGAAAGACUGGCUGUCAGCUGUGUGGAACUCACCUCGUACGGGUACACUCUCAAAGUCCAUGUCGUCCAGUUACAACCGUCGUCUUCUUCAUCUCCGAUAUCAGUCCAAUGCGCGUUAUGGUCCCUUAAUGAAAUCUUCACAUACGUUUUCUCCAACUCUGGUGAUCAAAACUUCAACAAAACAUGGGACGAGUAUCUCUACGGGUUUUACAUCAACGCUGAAAACUUCUGGAUCGGUUUAAAAAAUUUGAAACUUCUAAACGACAACGGGUUGACCGACUUUGAACUCAGCACAUCCUUAAUCGCAACAUCUACUGAUGUAUAUACCAGCUACGGAUACAGGUAUUCCAACUUUAACCUCGGGGACGAAUCAACCGGUUUCGCUUUCACCUACGGAACGACAACAACCAACGGGCCUUUGUAUGUAUAUUACGGUGACUGUCUACCUCAGGUUUCUAACUCAUCCUUCUCUACCUGGGACAACAACCACGUAUCUACCGGCAAUUGUGCAGCGGUUGCCGGUGGUGGGUGGUGGUUUCGUUCCUGCAACUUCACCUGCAACCCUCUCGGCUACCGGCCGAUUUGGAUGAUGGACGGGCUAGAUCUAAACAACGCGUACUAUGCAGAGAUUCUGGGGUACUUUGUCUCUUCAGUCGGUGCUGAUUAUGUGUAA